AUGAAUACCUGUAGUAAUAAGAAAAAAGGGGGGAGGGUAGUUUAUAACUUCAAAUAGCAUCUCUAGAAGCUACCUUGUUUUUCAUGUGAAGAGAGUUGUUUUGAAUGAGGGCAUGGAAACCAGUAAGUAAUGGCUUCUGUUUUUGUUGUACAGUUUCCAGAAAGUUUUGACUGAAGACUCUAUGCACUGUAGUUCUUUCCACAGAGAGCUGACUGAUAUUUGAAGAAGUUUUUUUAUUUCUCCAAGAAAAAUGUAUCUUUCCCAAGUCUCACUCUUGUUCUUUAAUAUAUGUAUUUUUAUUUGUGGAGAAACUAUACAAGAUUCUCCAGUAGUUAACACUGUAGAAAAUAUGUCUCAUAUAAAAGAUGAAAGUAAAAGUAACGAUACUGUUUAUAAAGAAGAAUGUGAGAAAUCAUGUGAUAUUAAAACUAAAACUACACGAGAAGAAAAACACUUCAUGUGUUUAGAUUGUACUGCUAUUAAAGAUACUGUUGGCUCUGUCACCAAAACACCAAGUGGUUUAUAUAUAAUCUACCCAGAAGGAUCUAGCUAUCCAUUUGAGGUAAUGUGUGACAUGGAUUACAGAGGAGGUGGAUGGACUGUGAUACAGAAAAGGAUUAAUGGAAUAAUUGAUUUCCAAAGGUUGUGGUGUGAUUAUCUGGAUGGAUUUGGUGACCUUUUAGAUCAAAUUAUAUUUAUUUUUCCUUUAUCUUUUUUUCUUCUUUUCGGCAUUACACCUAUAGACUGUCUUGUGGUCAAAUUGUUACAUCGCUUCCCUGGAAAACUGCUUGCAAUUUUGGAAUUCAAUGGGGCACAUGGACCAAAAACCACUCGCCUGUCAAGAUUAAAUCUGUUUCAAUGAAAAUUAGAAGAACUUAACAAUCCAUAUUUUAAGUAAUUUUAUUUUAAAUUGUAAUUCAUGUUUCAUAAACACUCUUCUUACUGAGUUUUUCAAACAUUUUAGCCAAAAUUUAACUAUAGAUGACAUCUAAGGGUUGAGAGUGUAAUUAGAAAACUUUAAUUUUGUAGAGUUUUAAUGAAAGAAAGCAUGGCUCUAUGUGU